AUGUACAGGACGUCGUUUUCGCCGCCUCUUCAUAAUAACGGUACUACUACAAACAGUGGUACAACUAAUGGUCCCUACUACCUCCAUCCUAACACUCCGUCCAUAAACGACCACCCUCAGUCGCACCAACAACAGAUGGCGUCUCAAACUUUGCAACAGCAAAAUUCAAUGGCUACUGCUAACCCUCAGUGGCCUUCACCAGAUAAGCAACGUCUAAGCUCUCAAAUUUUCACUUCUGGAUCUAAUAUACCUUUUGGUCCUGGUUACCCGUCUGCAAAUGGUUCAAUGCAUGUAUUAGAUGAUAAAACUAAAGCUCAACGACCAAUGAUGGAUGGUCCAAGUAUUUCUUUACCUGCUCAGUCUCCUCUUUCUUCCUUCGGUGUUCAGCAGCCUUCUACUGGUGCGCCUGCUCUUCCCCCUCCUCAAAAUCAACCUGUUCAACAUGUCGAUAUCCCUUCAAAUGUUGCUAAUAUGUCUGCUGGAAGAAAUCAAAAUCGAACUUUAACUAAUUCUAAGCGUGCUGCUCAAAAUAGGGCUGCUCAGCGUGCUUUUCGUCAGCGUAAAGAUAGGUAUAUUAAAGAUUUAGAAGCAAAGGCAAAAAGUUUAGAUACAAUAAAAAAGCAAUUUGAAAAUUUACUUAAAGAAAAAGAUGAAAUGGCUCAGAUCAUUCGUAAUUUACGUAUUGAGAUUGCCAAAUAUAAGGGUGAAGAGAUUAGUGAUGAUGAAGGCCGUCAGUCAUUUGGUGGAAAUAAUAAUCCUGCUAGUUCUAGUUCUUCUUAUUCUCAUUAUGGAAAUCAUGCGAGAGAUGAUGAAUCUCAAGGUCUUGGUGAAGAACCUUGGCUUAGACAUAAGGAUGGUCGUAAGGAAGGUUCAUCUACUUCUAUGUAUAAUAUGAAUGAUGAACGUCCUAGUUCCUUCCCUUUUUCUCCUAGCUCUUCUUCAUCGAGUUCUUCUACAACAAAUCGUUCUGGAUCCGGUCUUACUGAAUCUUCACAAAGAGGGUCCGGUUUAAUUUUACCUUCUGGUCACAAUACCGAUUCCUCUGUUGAACCUUAUUUUAGGCCUGAUUAUCGCAAUGCUAAUUCUCAUUCUAGUCCUUCUCCACCUUCUUCUUCUGCUGAUCGUAACAUUCGUGGUUCAUAUAGUAAUAAUUCAGUUUCAAAUGGAAGACCUGGUUAUUCCAGUAAUGAAGAAGAUACUGAUCGUGUAUAUGAUGAUUUGUGCGAGUUAUUAAAGACCAGGACCCGUCCAGCAUUACCCCAUAAUAUUAAUGUAUGGCCAUCAUCUCAUCCUCAUUCACCAAAUCAAACGAAUGUUGUGGCGACAAAUGGAAGUGGUACUGUUGUUGG